CUGCUGUGGCUGGCGGUGACCGCGGUGACAGCGGUGACAGCCGGGGGGGGACAGGGGGGGGCUCUGACCUUCCUGGCCCUGGGGGACUGGGGGGGUCUCCCCGACCCCCCCUUUGUCACCCCUCGCCAGGUGGCCACGGCGGCCGCCAUGGGCCGGGCGAGCUCCGAGCUGGGGGGCGACUUCGUCCUCGCCCUGGGCGACAACUUCUACUAUGAGGGGGUGCGGGACGAGUGGGACCCCCGGUUCCAGGACACUUUCGAGGGGGUGUUCGUGUCCCCGGGGCUCCGCGGGGUCCCCUGGUACGUCAUGGCCGGGAACCACGACCACGCCGGGAAUGUCACAGCUCAGAUCCGCUACAGCCACCGCUCCCCGCGCUGGCACUUCCCCCACCCCUACUACACCCUCCGCCUUCACCUGCCGGGCUCCAACUCCUCUGCGCGGCUGCUGGUGCUGGACACGGUUCUGCUCUGCGGCCACAGCGACGAUUUCGGUGUGGCCGAGGUCCCCGCGGGUCCCCGGGACGCGGCGGCGGCCGAGGCUCACCUGGCGUGGCUGCGGGCGCAGCUGGAGGCGGCGGCCGGGGACAGUUUCGUGCUGGUGGCCGGUCACUACCCGGUGUGGUCAGUGGGCAAGCACGGCCCCACGCCGUGUCUGCUGCGGCUGCUGCGGCCGCUGCUGCGGCGCCACCGCGUCACCGCCUACCUGUGCGGCCACGACCACAACCUGCAGUACCUGGAGGAGGGGGGGGUGGGCUACAUCCUGAGCGGCGCCGGGAAUUUCAUGGAGGAUUCGCGGCCCCACCUCGGCUCCGUCCCCCCCGGUUCCCUCCGCUUCUUCUUCGGGAGCCCCGCGAGCCCCGGGGGCUUCGCCCACCUGCGCCUGGAGCCCGGCGCUGUCACCGUCACCUUCCUGGAGGCCACCGGGCGCGUCCUGCACCGCGUGGCGCUGCCCCCCCGGCAGCUCUGAGCCCGGGGGGGCGCGGGGACCCCUCCCCUGGGGACAGCGGGGUCAUUG